AUGAGCUCACCAGGAAGAACAGCUGUUCAGUUCAAAUCCUUCAUCGAAACUACGAACACUAAUACUUCGUUGUGUAGGGGCGACAGUGGCAGCCCACUCUUCCAAAUGAACAAAAGAAAACAAUACGUGCAGAUCGGCAUAGCUUCCUCAGUGGAACAAAAGUGCACAUUCGAUACUAAUGUCAGGCGCAAUAGAUUCGUGGAUGUGCGUCACUACCUUGACUGGAUUUGCACGGUAAUUGAAGCUAGGGCGUCCCCCAGAAGCGACGCGCAUUGUCCUUGCCCGGGCAAUGUGGCAAAUAUGCGAGGGCUACCGGCUAGAGGACGGAGCCGGCCAAAGAAGUUAGUUUGCCAUCGCCAACAACAUCCAGUGCACUUGGCAACACUUACCGUUAGAACGCCUACUGGAAGAAGUUGUGAACUGGCAGACGGUCUCAGAAAACGCAGGGUACGACAUAUGCUGUGUACAGGAGACUCGCUGGAAAGGGUCCAAAUCAAGGAAUUAGGCGAUGGCUACAAGCUCAUCCACCAUGGCACAUCAAAUCACAGUGGCGCUGGUAUCAUAUUGAACGAGCCGUUUAGAAACAGCGUCACAGCAGUGGAUCGACUAUCGGAUCGCCUGAUGGCUGUAAAAGUGGACACAGGAGAAGUGGAAUUGCGAGUCGUCUCUGCUUAUGCGUCACAGGGCUGUAGUGAAGAAGAGAAGGCGUGCUUUUGGGAAGAUCUGGAGCAGUACGUCCAAUCCCUGGCGAAGAAGUACUUCUAA